AUAAUAACGAUGAUGAAGCAAAAUUGCAGGUGUUACAGUAAUAGUAAUAAUCGGUUAGCAUGGGUCACUCCAGCACCGCACCGCCCCGCCUAGCGGGUUUUUCAGUUUUUGAUUCUCAUUUUUCACUCGCUCCAUUCUCUCUCUCUCCCUCCCUCCCUCUCUCUCUCUCUCUCUCUCACUCUGCACAUUUUCCGUUAUGAAUCGGAGCUGAAUCUGAAUCUCGUCAACACCAAUUGCGUUGCCGGAUCCUUCUGCUGCCGGAGAAGAGGGAGACGGCGGCGCUCCGCUCCCUCUCGGCGGAGGAUCUAACCGGCGAUGGCGUUGUCGGAAUGAGAGGUCUCCCCGUUUUCAUCAGCGACAUCCGCAAUUGCCAGAACAAGGAAUACGAGAGGCUCCGCGUCGACUAGGAACACGGCAACAUCCGAACGCGCUUCAAAACCGAGAAGGUAUGUUGAUGUUAUUCUUCAGUUAAUUGACAAGACUGGAGAAUUUAUUAGUGAUGACAUUUGUUACAAACAAUGAAGACCUACAGCCCUAUGCUGCAGCAAAAGCUCGAGUGUAUCUUGACAAACCUGCUAUACAUGAAACGAUGGUUAAGGUUAGUGCAUAUAUCCUUGGAGAGUUUGGACACCUUCAUACACUUUUACCAUUCCUGUUCUUCUCUCAACAUAUGCUAAAAUUCUUAUGCACACUCAACCAGCAGACCCUGAGCUACAGAAUCAGAUAUGGGGCAAUAUUUAAGAAGUAUGAUGGUUGCAUUGAAGUUGAGAUACAGCAAUGAGCUGUUGAAUAUUUUGCAUUGAGUAGAAAAGGUGCAGCUCUAAUGGAUAUAUUGGCUGAAAUGCCUAAAUUCCCCGAGCGGCAGUCUGUGUUGAUUAAAAAAAAGGCUGAGGAUACUGAAGUCAAUACUACUGAGCAAAGUGUUAUUAAGUUCAGAGCCCAGUAGCUUUCACAAACAUCAAAUGCUUUGGUUGUAACUGACCAAUGUCCUGCUAAUGGAACUCCACCUGUCAGCCAACUUAGCCAUGUAAAGAUGCUGAGCCCCAGUACAAGCAGUAAUGUGGUUGACUCUGACAUCAAUUUAUUCAGGAUAAUAAUUCAACAGAUCAAAGUUUAUCCCUGGAAAAUGGGACCUUGAGUAAAGUAGAUUCCUAGCCUCCCCCUUGCUGAUCUCCUUGGCGAUAUCUUGGGUUCGUUGGCUAUUGAGAGCCCUCCCAGUAGCAGUGUCCACUCUUAUUCAAAUUCAAAUAUGGGACUUGAAGGUGCUGCAGUGUUAAAUCCCUAUCAGCCAUAGUACCUGCUGGAGAGCAGGCCGAUUCCAUGCAGCCCAUUGGAAAUACUGGUGAAAGAUUUUGUUCUUUGUGCUUGAAGGAUAGUGGUGUUCUAUAUGAGGAUCCUUAUAUUCAGAUUGGUGUUGAAGCAGAGUGGAGGGCUCAUCAUGGGCAUUUGGUUCUUUUCUUGGGGAACAAGAAUACUUCUCCUCUUAUCUCUGUUCAAUCUUUAGUGUUGCCUCCUGCUCAUUUGAAGAUGGAGCUUUCACUAGUACCAGAAACCAUACCUCCCCGGUCACAGGUACAAUGUCCACUCAAAAUCAUUAAUCUCCACCCAAGCAGGGAUGUAGCUGUUCUUGACUUCUCAUACAAGUUUGAUAACAAUAUGGUCAACGCCAAACUUCACCUUCUAGCUGUCCUAAAUAAGUUUCUUGAGCCUAUACCUGUAUCUGCUGAAGAAUUUUCCCCUCAAUGGAAAAUCACUUUCUUGACCACCUUUAAAGCUUCAAGAAGUGGUUAGAGGAGUUAGACCCCUUCCACUGCUUGAACUGGCAAACUUAUUCAAUAGCUACCAUUUAACUAGUUGCCCCGGACUUGUAUGAUAUUUUUAAAUUCCUUUUUCACUUUUGUUCAAUUUUUUGGCACCUAUUUGUUUAUUUCCUUUUUUUUUUUCCUGCUAUCUGCCUUAGGACCCCAAUCCAAACAAUCUUGUUGCAAGUAUAACAUUCCAUUCAGAAAGUACAAGUGCGAUGCUCUGUUUAGUAAGUGUAUGUUGAACUACACAUUUCAUUGUGGUUCCUGCUAGGAGUUUAAUCUACAAUUCUUGAAGUAAUCUGUUGUAUGAAAAUAAUGAAAGAAGGCAAUUUUCAUCUGCACCAACUUCGAGAUAUCAAAUGAUCAUUUUCUUUGACUGUCAUUACUGUUUUUCUUUUUCAUUAAGCAUGCAGACAGGGAUGAGAUAGUUUUCCUUUGAGCAGCUGUUUUUGCUAAUCGAUUGUCAACAUUAUUAGAUAAGAAUUGAAACGGAUCCUGCAGACAACAGAGCUGCGAAUGACAGUUGCUUCGGGAUAUGCAUAUACCUAUGCAAGAACCUCCAAUGACACUCAACAAGCCAGCACUCUUGAAGCUUUGACAGACGCUGGAGCAAUGUUGGCUGCACUUAUAUGACAGUAUUGAGGUCAACGAUGGAUGUUAGUUACACACCUGUAAACCACGCCUAACUCCACCCGCGGGGUGGAGGUACAAAACCAUGAGCAAUGGAUGGCGGAAUUUCUGGGUUGGUUGGCAAAUUUUAGAUUCUUUCUGCACUAAGUGGUGCUCAUUAACUCCGAUUUUGGCGAGGGUUGAAUUUUCUUAUACUUCCUCUUUUACUGGAUUAUUCGUGGUGCACAUAGUAGUCGUAUAGAGCAAAUUGCAACCGUAGACCUUCAUUGUCUAAAAACUAGUUUCAAUAAUAGGAUGGGGCGUGUAAAUAUAUUUUGCUUUCAAAUGCUUAAGUUAUGGGUUUCAUAUAAGAUUGCAAAAAUCUUGCAUUCGCAAUGAAAUUAUAAUGAAUAAGAAUGCAGUAUAAAAGAGCUUUAAAUUGA